AAUAAAUGUCUGCCUGUAUUACAUAAAAUUAUUAUGAAUUAGUUUACAAUUAAAAUAUUUUUAAACAUAAAAAUAGUUAAAAAUUCUGGAUAUAUACAGACGUUAAGUACAAUUAUGACGGAUAAAGAGACCAACAAAAUUUGUCUGGUUUGUGGCGAUAAAGCUAUUGGCACAAAUUUUAAUGUAAUUACAUGCGAGUCGUGUAAAGUGUUAUUCAGGAGGAAUGCCCUACACUAUGAUAAAUUCAAGUGUCAAUUCGGAGAUAAUUGCAAAAUAGAUGUCUUGAGGCGACGAUUCUGUAAGAAGUGUCGACUCAAGAAGUGCUUUGAAGUGGGCAUGAAAAAGGUA